AUGUACAUCUGCAUGCCAAAGACGACUUGCACGCUACCGGCUAAUCAGAGCUAUAACAAAUUAUGCGAUAUCCCCAGUAACGGGUACGUACCUACCUGCCAUACCAGCUUUGCCAGCUUUGCCAGCCUGGUCUCGUCCCCAGCUCCGGGCACAGCCCACGCCACGCUCGAUACAGAAAGAGCUGCCCGCCCACCUGCUGGCCGCCUGCCUGUGCCUGCCAUCCGCAUCAAAAUUAACCCCCAAAUAUUUUUUCCGUUGCCAAACCAAACCUGGUUUGUUUCUCUGCGACACACGGGCUGCUCCCUCCUCCGCUCGACAGCCAGAUCCACCAUGGCCGACAUCACCGACCAGCACGACCAGACCUCCCCUCACGACAUUGACGACGCAAACUCGGUCGGCAAUGGUAGCGCUCCCUCCGAGUCUCGCGGUGUCAAGCGACAACGUCCCACGCCAGCCGACGAUGACGACGACGACGACGAAAAGGGCGGCCGUGAGCGUCGCAAGAUUGAGAUCAAGUUCAUUUCGGACAAGUCUCGACGCCACAUUACCUUUUCCAAGCGCAAGGCUGGUAUUAUGAAGAAGGCUUACGAACUGUCUGUUUUGACGGGCACUCAAGUUCUUCUCCUCGUCGUCUCUGAGACUGGUCUGGUAUACACCUUUACCACACCCAAACUCCAACCCCUCGUCACCAAGGCCGAAGGCAAAAACCUCAUUCAGGCCUGCCUCAACGCUCCGGAACCUGCAGCCGGCGGUGAAAACGGCGUCGACGGCGGGGAGGGUGGCGACUCACCCGAGGAGUCUGGUUCGCAUAUCCCUCCCCCGCCCAGCCGCCCGGGCAUGGCUCAGAACCCUUAUAUGCCCAACAUGCCCAACAUGCCUCUCGAAGCCCAACAAGCCAUGGCGUACCAAAAUUACGUGCAGCGCAACCAGGCCUACGGCUCGGGCAUGCCGCAGCAGCCUGGCAUGGCUCCCAGCAGUCACCACCAGUCUUGA